AUGGAGGAAGUAGACGCAACCGAGCUCAAGUCCAACCAUGCCGACAAUGACGUUGCAGCUACAGAAGAGCUCACCCCAGAAGAGAACAAGAGACUCCUCCGCAGGAUCGACUUGUAUCUGUUGCCCAUCAUGGCGGCUUCGUACAUGUUCCAGUUCCUGGGCACAUCGGCCAUCGGAUUCACAGCCAUCCUUGGACUCCGCGAGGAUCUGCACCUGAGCGGCACAGACUUUUCAUGGGCAAACAGCACAUACUACUUUGGCUUCCUCAUCGCAGCAUACCCGGCCAGUAUGAUCAUGGUGCGCUGGAGAGUCGGCAAGAUGAUUGCCGUGGCAGUCGUUCUUUGGGGCGCGGUGCUGAUGCUGACAGCCGUAACCACCAAGGCCGCCGACCUGCUCGCCCUCCGCUUCUUCCUGGGCGUUUGCGAAUCUCCCAUUGCUCCCGGCCUGACCGCCAUCGUGGCAAUGUGGUAUAAGCGCUCCGAGCAGCCUCUCCGGCACGCGGCAUGGUUCACGGGCAACACCAUCGCAGGUAUAGCCGGCGGUCUGGCUUCCUACGGAAUCGGACACAUGGAUAGCAUUGCGCCUUGGAAGGCUGUGUUUUUCAUCUUUGGCGGCAGCACUGUGGCUUGGUCGAUUUGCCUCUUCUUCCUGCUUCCCGACGUUCCCAUGACAGCUUGGUUCAUGAGCAAGCAGGAUCGUAGAAAGGCUAUACAGCGAGUAAAAGAGAACAUGACUGGUAUUAAAAGCUCGCAGUUCAAGUGGAAACAGUGCCGCGAGGCUGCUCUCGACGCCAAGACGUGGUUCAUUGUCGUCAUUCAGCUGUGCGGAAGCAUUCCGAGCGGUGGUGUGCAUAGCUUUGGGGUCAUCAUCAUCCACGGUUUGGGCUUCGACACGUUCCCGACGCUGCUCCUUCAAACCGCCAGCUAUGUGGUCUCCUUUGCGCUCGUGCUCCUGGCCACUGCGGGCUCUACGUAUCUCCGCAAUACCAGAACCUACUUCAUGGCGUGGAACUUUUGUGUCGCAAUUGCUGGCUGUGUUGUUAUCCGGCAGUGCUCGGUUGAGCAGAAGUGGGCGCGCUACGCAGGCUUCUGCCUUGUCUUUGCUUAUGUGGCAAACUUUCCUCUUCUAAUGUCCAUGGCGUCGGGCAACUUUGGCGGCUUUACCAAGAAAAUGACGGUCAAUGCAUUUGUAAGGGCUGCUCAUCAUGCUUUCACGGCUGACUUGUGGUGUGCUGGACUAACUUGCUUUUGGACUGGACAGUCAUUCAUCGCUUACUGCACGGGUAAUAUCAUUGGCCCGCAGCUCUUUUUCGCCAAGGAGGCGCCGACGUAUAGUUCGGGACUUUUGGCAAUGUUGAUAUGCUUUGGCAUUGGUCUCGUGUCUUGCAUGGCCUUCCGGUUCCAUCUCAUGUGGGAGAACCGGCGUCGGGACCAGGCUUGUGAUGUGCCGGGGAGAAUUGAAAUGGAAAACGCCGACUUGAUGGACAGGACAGACAAGGAUAUCUCACAAUUCAGAUAUGUCUACUGA